UUAUGCGCCACACAAGAAUCUGAAAGUCGAGAAAAGAAGAAAAAUGGAAGAAAGCUGGAGGGAAGAAGAGCAGCAGAUAACGCGGAAGGCGCGGGCGACGGAUGGAGCUCUUGCACUUGCAGCUGCAGGUCCUCCCUCCUCCUCCUCCUCCUCCUCCAUGGAGGCUCUCGCCGUCGUCUCCGCCGCUGCUUCCGCCGUGCGAGCCGAGGAGCCUCGCUUCCGGGCUGCCCACGAGCUCGGCCCUCCUCUUCUUCCGUCGCCGGAGGAGAACCGACCGGACCCUCGUGGCCAGGUACGUCGGGUGGGGCUCCAAUGCCGGGAACCGGGGGCUGGGCGGAUUCGGCCACGACCUUCGAGACGGCGGCGUCGGGUUUGAUAGGUGGGUCAGGAGGAAGGAGAAGAGGAGGAAGAAGCGUUGGUGGCCGUGCUAUUAUGAUUCCUCGAAGAGGCGUUGGUGGUACGACGACGACGGAGAUGAAGACGAGGAGGAGGAGGAGGAGGAAGAGCCUGUUGGGAUUUGGGAGGAGGUGAUUGACUCGCUUUGGAUCCUCAAGGUAUUCAAAUCCUAUGGUUGGACACUUCCUAUCAUCCUCAUCUCAUGGCUGAUAGCUACUGGUCCAAAAGCUUUUCUCAUUACUCUGGCUCUUCCUUUUGGACAAUCGGCCCUUGCUUUACUAAUUAAGAAAUUGUGGCCUGGAAAAAAGAACAAAUCAAAAGGUAAACCCAGGAGAAGGAGAAGGAAAAGAUAUUCUUACCGUGCAAACAAUAUCAGAACAAAGGAAGAACGAGAUUGGAGGAGAUGGAACAGGAAGGAUAAGAUAGAGUAUGAAUCAUGGGAGUCUGAGGGAGAUUUUUCUGCCCCCGAGUAUAAGGGAGAUACAAACGGUUUUGGUGGAUGGGACGAGCUGGAGGGGAAGCAAUUCACAGGGAAGUCGUCCCCGGUUUCAGAGAGACCGCGAAGACCACAGAUGGAUAUUGGCAAGUAUAGUAGAAAGGCAAGCAGAGAUGAUGUUCCGUUGCUGUUGAGACUUUUGAUUGCGAUGUUCCCAUUCCUCGGCUCUUGGACUAAAAUGUUCUGGUGAUUUGCUAAAGUAAGCUUGAGUUUAUGAGCAGUUUUGUUUGAUCUUGCUUGGUUGGGAACUCAGAACGAGUCACUGCCUGAGGUCGGGAAACUACUAGCUUGUUGGUAAAUCGGAUACUUUGAUUGUUGAUAAUUUUCCUCGUUGAGGAUCAUUUCUUUAAUCUGUGAUGAAGAAGAAAGCACUGCCAUAUUCGGGAUACCAAUAUGCGUGCAUCUCAUUGUUUAAGACUUAGAGCUCCAAGUAGAAGCCAAGUCCACUUUUCUUUUCUAUUCUUUAGCCUCUAAAUGGCAUUUUCAGAUUCAUCCUCUCCUGUAACUUGUCUUCCAUUCUCUACGUGUAGUGGACAGUGGGUUUUGGUCACUUGUAUCGUGACCCUUAUAGGUUUGAGGAAUAAUGUGGCGAAUUACCACGCAAAUGAUUUGCAAUGUUAACAUGUUUCGGAACAUUUUACUUUUUAA